AUGCUACGUCAGUUCGGAGGCGUGUUUCGCAAUCUUCGCGUUCCAGAACGCACCAACGCGUUGUUAUUUGCGCAGCACAAGGGGGACGAGAGACAUUCUGGCCAACGUGCAUUCGACGGAAGUAAAUUUCGGCUGGAGGCUAAGCGCUGCUUUACUGCAAUUUGCAUCAUUACGGUGGCUCGCAGGGAUAGAUUGGGCGUACUGGUUUGUGGCAAAAACACCGCCUCCACGCUACCUUAUUUGCCAGCCAACCGCAUAUUCAGGUUGCCAAAGGUACAGAUCAGGAAAAUGUUUCCCAUUGGAUGCGCAACUUUCCUUAGUAGGGAAUAUAUAAUCACUGCAUUGCUGGUUUCGUACUGCCAUCUUUGCGUUUAA